AAAAAAAAAGAAAAGAAAGAAGAAGAAGAAGAAAUGCCCACAUUAAGAUCCCCACUUCACUUUGAAGUUCGACUCCAUUUCCCACAAUCCAGAAGGAAAAAAAGAAACCUCAAAACACAAUUCCCAUUUCAGAACACUCAGAUGCCUCCUCACUUUCCACUCUUCUUCUUCGUCUUCUUCUUCUUAUCAUCAUUUUCAUCAUCAUCAACAAGAAAACCAUUAUUUCCUUGCGAACCACCCAAGCAAAACUCCUACCAAUUCUGCAACACCUCACUCCCCAUCAGCAGCCGGGCCAGGUCCCUCAUAUCCCAUCUGACUCUCCAAGAGAAGAUCCGCCAGCUCUCCAACAACGCCUCCGCCGUCCCCCGCCUCGGCAUCCCCGCCUACCAGUGGUGGUCCGAGUCCCUCCACGGCCUCGCCACCAACGGCCCCGGCGUCUCCUUCAAUGGCUCCAUCGCCGCCGCCGCCGCCUUCCCCCAGGUCCUCCUCAUGGCCGCCUCCUUCAACCGCUCUCUCUGGUCCUCCGUCGCCUCCGCCGUCGCCGUCGAGGCCCGGGCCAUGUACAAUUAUGGGCAGGCUGGGUUGACCUUUUGGGCGCCGAAUGUCAACGUUUUUAGGGACCCCAGAUGGGGGAGGGGCCAGGAGACCCCCGGGGAGGACCCCAUGGUGGGGUCCGCCUUUGCCGUUGAGUUUGUCAAAGGCUUUCAGGGUGGGAAUGGUCGGAUUGAAAGUGGGAUUGGAGAAAAGAUCAGAGUUUUGGAAGAUGAUCAAGAUGAUGAUGAUGGGAAAAGUGGGGAUUUGAUGCUUUCUGCUUGUUGCAAGCAUUUGACUGCUUAUGACUUGGAGAUGUGGGGGAGUUUUAGUAGGUAUAACUUCAAUGCUGUGAUAACAGACCAAGAUUUUGAGGAUACGUAUCAGCCACCUUUUCGAAGUUGUGUGCAGCAAGGCAAAGCCAGCUGCGUGAUGUGUUCCUAUAAUGCAGUGAAUGGGGUCCCUGCCUGCGCCCAGAAGGAUCUCUUGGCGCAAGCUCGGGAUAAGUGGGGCUUGAAAGGCUAUAUUACUUCAGAUUGUGAUGCCGUGGCCACUGUCCUUGAGUAUCAGCAUUACACCAAAAAUCCCGAAGAUGCGGUUGCUGAUGUUCUUAAAGCAGGAAUGGAUAUAAAUUGUGGAACAUACUUGCUUCGACAUACUCUUGCUGCGAUUCAACAAGAGAAGGUGCUAGAGGAAGACAUAGACAGAGCAUUGAUUAAUCUUUUCUCUGUUCAAAUCCGGCUUGGCCUUUUUGAUGGGGAUCCUAGAAAAGGGAAAUAUGGAAGGUUGGGACCUCAAGAUGUUUGCACCUCGGAGACCAAGAAAUUGGCUCUGGAAGCUGCAAGACAGGGAAUAGUGCUUCUUAAGAAUGAUAAGAAGUUCCUGCCGCUGAAAAAGGACGUUGUGUCUUCCUUGGCUGUUAUUGGUCCGUUGGCUGAUGAUGGUACUAAAUUAGGUGGUGGCUAUACAGGAGUUCCCUGCAGCCAAAAGAGCCUUUUUGAUGGAUUCCGAGAUUACGUAAAGAAAACAUCGUAUGCAGCUGGUUGCUUUAACGUCUCAUGCUACUCCGAUGAGGGAUUUGAUGAGGCCAUUAAUAUUGCAAAAGAAGCAGAUUAUGUUGUUGUAGUUGCUGGUAUUGACUUGUCCCAAGAAACGGAAGAUCAUGAUCGAGUUAGUCUUCUCUUACCUGGAAAACAGAUGGCUCUUGUAUCCUCUGUGGCCGCUGCCAGUAAAAACCCGGUGAUUCUAGUUCUUACUGGUGGUGGACCUCUUGAUGUAUUGUUUGCUGAGAAAAGCCCACAAAUUGCAAGCAUGAUCUGGGUUGGCUACCCAGGGCAAGAAGGUGGAAGAGCGCUUGCCGAAAUAAUCUUUGGAGAUGUCAAUCCAGGUGGAAGGCUUCCAAUGACUUGGUACCCUGAGGCCUUCACCAAUGUCCCGAUGAAUGACAUGAGAAUGCGGGCUGAUCCUUCUCGUGGCUAUCCCGGAAGAACCUACAGGUUUUACACUGGUAGCAGGGUGUAUGCGUUUGGACAAGGCCUGAGCUACAGCAACUACACUUACAGAUUCUUGUCAGUGCCAAGCAAACUUAGUGUAUCAGGAUCUUUCGAGGAUGCAUUCCGCGAAAAUGCGAUACACCAAGUAGGAGAUCAACUUGAUUACAUAUACAUAGAUGCAGUACCAUCUUGCGAUUCACUGAGAUUCUCUGUGGAAAUCUCUACGAUGAAUGUAGGAGAUAUGGAUGGUGCGCAUGUUGUGUUGUUAUUCUCUAGACCGCCGAAAGUUGUUCAAGGCGCUCCAGAGAAACAGCUAAUAGGAUUUAGCAGUGUGAAUACAAUUUCAAACGGAUCUACUUCAACAAGCAUAUUGGUGGAUUCAUGUAUGCAUCUUAGCUUUGCUAAUGAGAAGGGAAGAAGAGUAUUGCCAUUGGGUGAUCAUACACUCUUUUUGGGAGAUUUGGAGUCUACUCUUUCAAUUGAAACUUGAUCAAAUGAGCACUCAUCACAAGCAGCAAAAGCAUUUUGUAUGUUGAAGCAAUAAAAGCAUACUUGUUCUCAAUGUUUGGGUCGAAUUCCCCGGUACGUCAUUUGUGACUAUUUGUGUAAUUUGUUAAUUUAUUAAUGAAAUUUUCCCUAUGAAGAGAGAGAAAAAAAUAAAAAAAAUAAAAAGAGCAUAUCUAUUGUUUGUAAUGAAACAUUUCUUGAUGCCGUUAUGCAACUUAGGGGACGUUUGG